AUGUUUUCAAGAAACUCGAUUCGUUUCGCAUCGGCGAUUCGAACUCAUCAAAUUCCGGGAACCCGAUUGCCUUUGGCGAAAUAUGGUGGCAGACAUACAGUUUGCGCGUUGCCCGGUGAUGGAAUCGGUCCAGAAAUGAUUCAUCACAUCAAGAACAUCUUCAGAUUUUGCCAUGUAAGUUUUUCCACUGAAAAUUUUGAAAAAAGAGAAUCAUUAAAUAUAUUUCAACAUUUCAGGCUCCAGUAAACUUCGAAGAAGUUCAAGUCUCGUCUUCUUUAGGAGACGGCGAUAUGGAAGCCGCAAUUCUGGCAAUUCAACGAAACGGUGUCGCAAUCAAAGGAAACAUCGAGACAAAACACGACGAUCCACAAUUCAAAUCGCGCAACGUCGAAUUGCGUUCACGUCUCGAUCUCUACGCCAACAUUUUGCACUGCGUCACAAUUCCCACUGUUCCAUCCAGACACUCCGGCAUCGAUAUUGUUCUAAUUCGCGAGAACACCGAAGGAGAAUAUUCGGGAUUGGAACAUGAAACUGUGCCAGGAAUUGUGGAGAGUAUUAAGAUUGUGACACGCGAGAAAAUUGAACGAAUUUCGAGAAUGGCGUUUGAAUAUGCGAAGGCAAAUGGUAGAAAGAAGGUGACGGCUGUGCAUAAGGCAAAUAUUCAAAAAUUGGGUGAUGGUCUCUUUUUGAAGGUGAGAAAUUUUUCUAAAUUACCCUAACUUAUCUAGAUCCUCCUGAAGAUCUAGUAUUUUUUGAGGUGAUCAAAGAAAUGGCUGAUGCUGAAUACAAAGACAUCAAAUUCGAAUCAAUGAUUGUUGAUAAUGCCUCAAUGCAAUUAGUUUCCCGCCCACAACAAUUCGAUGUAAUGGUUAUGCCAAAUCUCUACGGAAAUAUCAUCUCAAAUAUCGCGUGUGGUUUAGUUGGUGGACCUGGUUUAGUAUCCGGAAUGAAUAUUGGCGCAAAAUAUGCAGUGUUUGAGACAGGAACACGUAACACCGGAACAUCGUUGGCUGGAAAAGAUUUGGCGAAUCCGACGGCUUUUAUUCGAGCAAGUGUUGAUAUGUUGAGAUAUUUGGGAUGUCAUUAUCAUGCGAAUUUGAUUUCGGAUGCGUUGUGGAAGGCGUUGGUUGAACAGAGAAUUCAUACACAAGAUAUUGGGGGAAGUCAUACGGUAAGAGAUCCGGGAGAGCUGGAUUUUGAAAAAAUUUUGAAAAAAAAUCUGAAAUUCCUUGAUUACUAUUUUUUUCAGAAUGAAAAUAAUUAACAUUAUGAAUUUUUCAAAUUUUCGAUUAAAAACUGCAUUUUCUAGAAGUACUGUAGAAGCCAAAUUGUAUGAUUACUGUAGACACUAAGAUCUGCAGCUACAGUAACCCUAAUAGUAACCCUAAUUAUUCUGAAAAUCCAUAUCUCCUAAGGGUUACUAUAGUUUCGAAAUUCCUAAAUUUUCCGCCAAAAAAUCCCAAUAUUUACAGGCGAGUGACGUCAUCAAUGCCACCCUCAUCAACAUUGAAAAACACAUGGAAGAAAACCCACAUCUCUAA